UGGACCGUAGGUUUUCAAGACACGACUUCCAACAAUCCUAAAUUACACGAUCUCUGUUUUAAAAGAAAAAAUCCGUUCCCAAACAUCAUGAUUUCAAAUCAUAUCGACAGAUUAGGCCACAUUUGGAUUGAAAAAUCACGCGACGAAGAUGGAAAAACUGAUUUUCCAACCAAGAAGUAUAGGGUUUUAUUUCAAAAGACUUGUUCCGAUCUCGAUCUUGGUUUGUUUCUUUGGCCCCAAUUCCAUGUCAAGAAAAUCGAAAAAGCUCUUAAUCUGGGGAAACAGUCCAACUUCGUACCGGACACGCCCAAGAUACCGAUUUAUCAAGAUAACAUUAUUGAACUCUGCGAUCAGGAUCGACUACUAUUGUUUACAACCGAAUAUAGAUCCCAUAGAGUUUUCAUCGACCUUCAAAUAUCGGUAGAAUUCUGCUGGGCUAGUGAUUGCGAUGAGGCCGAGAAACGAGGAGACUUGAAAGAAAAUGAAGGGGAAAAUAAGUGUGAACCCCUGCCAGAAAGUUCGGUGUGGAUUGAUAAUCUUCUACAGUGGCCGAACCCUUGUGAACGCUAUUCACACUACGUCAAAGUUCCCAGUUCGUAUCCCGACUUUGAUGUAAUUGACGAAGGACAAGAUGUGCAGCAAGCCACUCCAAGUGGAAUUGUAAUAAGCCACACGGAUGAGCAGGAAUCACCAGAACAGAUAACAAUCGCACAAACUAUGGAACCGAUGGAGACCAACCGAGACACUUCAAGCAACGCGUGUCUGUUCAAAUCGACAAAAACCAUCAAAAACCAGACCAAGUGCAAAGACAAAGCUGAGCAGACGCCAACCGCAACUACACACGGCUUAUUAGGCCCUACUCAAGUCAAAUAUUUAACCGUCGAUUCCUCAGAAAAUCCACUCAUCUGCAACUCCGAUCCGGCAUUCUCACCUCGCAAGAUAAAAAUUCUAGGUGAUAAAUAUCAAGAUUCCCAAACCAAUUCACUUGCUGGCGAAAAAGAAAUACCAGAAAAACAAAUACAACAACGAUUGAAAUCGACCUUGCGACAAGGAAAGGAGAAUAAUUCAAAUGAAUCAAAGAAACUCAAUUCAAAAGGGAAAUCCUCAGGUAAUGAUAAAUCAGUUAAAAGAAAAUCUCCUCGAUUAAUCGAAAUGUCACACUCUCAUAAUCAGCAAUUAUCAACUUCUAAAAGAAAAAGAAUUUGA